CAGAUCAUCACAUACGUUGGAGAAGCUCCUGGUUUUAAAAGCCACAGACAUUCACAGAUUCAUAUUUACCGAAAACAGCUGAAUAAUGAGUGCUGCUCAGAGUCAGUCCAAACUGGAGUCCCUGGAGUGUCACUUCACCUGGAAUCUGGACACCAGCAGGUCCAAACUGUUCUCUCUCAGAGACGAGCUGGUGGACAUCGGCACUGAGGAGGGAAACAUCUGGCUGGGUCACAUCUACAACCUGCAGGGGUUCAUCCAUUACAAGCUGGGCUUCAUUGAAGAGGCCCGGGACUUCUUCAGCAGGGCCACUGAGACCUUCCACCAGCUGGGAGAUGCAGAUGAGGGACCCUGGUUGGUGGUAAACUACGGGAACCUGGCAUGGCUGCACCAACAUCUGGGUGAAGACAGUCAGAGCCAAAGGUACCUGUCAAAGCUGGACACCCUGAUGGAGAAACAUCCGCCUCCAAUCCAGGAUGAGCUCCACCCAGAGGUGUGUGCUGAGAAGGCCUGGACCCUGAUGAAGUUUGACAAAGACAAGAAGCUGCAGGCUGCAGAUUACUUCCAGAGAGCCGUCAGGAUGAAGCCAGAGAUGGUGUCAUGGCAGACCAGCCGUGUGCUGGUGUUGGUGGGUGAUUGUAAACACAGUGACAAAGAGCGUGAGAAAGACCAGGAUGUUGGCAUGUUGGAGGAAAUAAGAAAGGCCCGAGAGGAGGAUCCAGACAACCUGUACCUUGCUGCUGUCGACCUGCUGCUAAGAGCCAAGAGAAGAGAGCAAAUCAAAGAUGAAGCAGAUGAGCUGGAAGAAAAGAUUUUAAUGAAUCCUGUCAGCAGCUACAGCGGCAUCAAAACCCUGAUGAAGGUGUACAGGCAGCUCAACUGCUAUAAGAAGGCCAUUGACCUGGCAGAAAAGGCCCUGAAGAAGCAUCCAGAUGAGCGAUACCUGAAGAGGUGUGCUGCCCUCAGCUACAGAUGGAAGUUUUUUUUUAAUAAGGAAAGUUCCCCAAGUGAAAGUAUGAUCAGCAGAGCCAUCAGUCUGCAUGAAGAGGUGGUCUCUCUCUACCCUGAUUCCUCUCUCAUGAAGGAGGUUGACCUUGCAAACAUGUAUGCUAAGUCUGGUCACGGCCUGAUGAAAGCAGAGCAGAUGUAUAAGGAGAUGUUGGAGAGAGAUCUGGACCCUGCAGACAAGCAGAUGCUCUAUAACUGCUACGCAAAACACUUACAGUACGAUCGAAGGGAGGGUCAGAAGUCGAAUCAGUACCACAUGAAGGCAGCAGAGAUACCUUAUCAGUCCUUCAUCCAGCAGAACAGCAUCAAUCAGCUGCAGAGAAUCAGCGGUCGAGGCAGAAACAGAAUGUGCAGAGAGAUCCAGGAAUUUCUACAAAAGCUGCCGGGUUCGGAUUCUUUGUGAGUUCCUGAUUAAACAGGCUUUCAUUUUAAAGUUUUAGACAACUGUUAAUUGCUGAAUUUAAGUUUUUACAUCUUCUGUAUGAAGAGGUGGACAUGGGUAAUCUGUCUUUUUGGGGUUGUUGUGCUGUUAUGGCAGAAGACAAGGUUGGGUGUGGUUCAGCUGAGAUUGUCAGUGUCUGCUACACCUGAUGCAGGUGUGGGUGGUCAUGGUGUUGACUUCACAGGAGCAU